GAUGCUUUAGAAGAAGAAGAAAAAGGCGGAAGCUAGCAAGGCUCCCGAGACAAGAAGGACGAAGGUGACGACGUGCAGCCCAAUUGAAGCACAUUGAAAAUGUUUAAGGAGUCGAUAAAGGAGCGACUAAUGGCGGCGGCUGAUGAAAUAUCGGCGCUGUUUGAGAGAACGAUCGCGUCGUACGAGGAGGAACUUUCCCGAACGAGAGAGGAGAACGAGCGACUUCGACGACAACUGGAAGCUGAUAGCAAGACUGGAAUGGAACUACAAGUUGGAGACGUCCGGCAGCUGAUUGGUCAUCAAGAAGAACGUCCCCCUCAGCCGCAGCGGGGGCGCUCCACUUUGAAGCAGGAGGAUACCCCGCCCGUCCGUGUGAAAGAGGAAGAGGAGCACCGGACCCCCCACAUGAAAGAGGAAGAGGAGGAACAACGGAUCACUCAGGAGGGAGGGGGUCUUCCAGGGCCGCAGCAGGUCGAUGUCACCACGUUGCCGCUGACGGUCGUCUCCGUGAAGACUGAAGACCACGAAGGCGAACCGCAAGCAGACAAGCUCUUAGCUCCGCUAUCAGAUAGCGACGACGUGACGUCACACUCCCCAGAGGAGGACGACGGUCAGUCUUUGAGCAGCGAUAUGGACGGUGAAGGUGAUGUGUGGACUGACGAUAAAAAGAAGGCGGGUAAAGAGCGCUUCACUUGUUCGUUUUGCGCCAAAGGCUUUUUUUAUCAGAGCUAUUUGACGCGUCACAUGAGAACGCACACAGGAGAAAAACCUUUUAGUUGUUCAGUGUGCGAUAAAAGAUUCUCUCACAAUGUGUCCGUGGUGUCGCACAUGAGAACGCACACAGGAGAGAAACCCUUUCGAUGUUCGGUCUGCCACAAAAGCUUCUCGAUGAAGAUACACGUGUCGACACACAUGAGAACGCACACGCAGGAAAAACCCUUCAGAUGCUCAGUUUGCGACAAACGAUUCACUCAGAGGCCACACAUGUUGUUACACAUGAGGAAACACACAGGAGAAAAACCCUUCAGGUGCUCGGUCUGCGAUAAGAGAUUCACUCAAAACGCACACAUGCUGGCGCACGUGAGGAAACACACCGGCGAAAAACCCUUUGGUUGCUCCGGUUGCGAGAAAAGUUUUUCUCGCAAGAGCGACUUCACGCGACACUUGAGGACGCACACGGGAGAAAAACCCUUCAGAUGCUCGGUUUGCGACAAACGAUUCGCUCAGAAAGAAACAAUGGAAUCCCACAUAAGAACGCACACGGGAGAAAAACCCUUCAGGUGCUCCGUUUGUGACCAAAGGUUCACCAACAAUGCGUCUGUGGUCUCGCACAUGAGGAAACACACGGGAGAAAAACCCUUUAGUUGCUCAGUGUGUCACAAAAGCUUCUCUCACAACGGCACCAUGGUGGCCCACAUGAGGACGCACACGGGAGAGAAACCUUUCAGUUGCUCAGUUUGCGGCAAAGGAUUUGCCCAAAAGUCAAACAUGGCGUCGCACAUGAGAACGCACGCGGGAGAAAAAGCCUUUCGGUGUUCACGCUGCACUAAAACGUUCACUCUGCACGACACGCUGGUGUUGCACAUGCGAACACACGGCGGGGAAUAAAAGUUCCUUUGGCCUCUUUCGGGUCGCAGACGUGUAACGUCACACGUGAGAAGUAAGCCAAUUGUACGUAGCCUUGGCCUAAAUGACACGUUCUCAAGCAUAAAAAUGUCUAAAGGAUCUAAAUAAAUGAACUAAAACACAAAUUCAAGCCUGAAGAAGCGUUCUAUUUGUGAACGUAGUAUUCCACAAUGGCCACUGGGUGUCGGUGUUCAGCGAGACGGGCACCAGACUCCUCGCUGAGGUUCCCUGGGGGACACAUUUACUGUGACACUCCUCCAGCAGGAGUUUUAUUUACAACUUACACGGCUUAUUUACUCUUAUUCUCUGUACUCUAUAUUGGCUAGUGCCAGUGUAAAGCCAAUUUAAAGUACGCUGUCCAGAAAACAACAAGCAACUGCCAACAUGUGUGAUCUUAUUUAUGUCUAUGUCUUAUUUUCUCUUAUUAUGUCUACUACAUUGGGUAAUAGGAGGGUAAACGUGACUAUAGGGGUGUUAUUUCAUGUCUAGAGGGCUCCAAUAAAGCUAAAAAGUGAAUUAAAAAGGUAGUACACAGGUUUUCUAUGUCUUAUAUGUCUUAUUUUCUCUUGUUAUUUCAUGCCUUGAGGGCUCCAAUAAUGUUCAAAGGCGUAUUUAGAAGGCAGUAAACGGUGCGCUGGCCCAAACAGAACACAUAGUGAAGGAAUAACAGUUUGGAGACCACAAAUAGGUGGCCUACUGAGGGGCCCUGCUCUAUAUUCUACAUGCUAUGUUCUAUGUUACUGUAAUAUAUUGUAAUAAAACAGUGGAUGUUGUUACUUUUAGAAGUUACUUUCAAAGGACCGACCAAACACACUCACGGCCACGGCGCAUGGAGACUAGAGAUGGGAUUUAUGGCUCUUUGGAGGGAGACGGCUCUCAAAGAGCCGUUCAAAAGUCUGUUGUUGUAGGGCCGUUACAGGUGCGUCCAAAGGUUUUUCCUCCGGCCAGGGCCACAUAUGAAAAAUGAAAGGAUGCCACGUAUAUGCCAUACAUUUUUCCCAAGCUAAUGUUCCAGAAAGUACAACUUUAUUUAGUUUGUUUUUUUCAUAGUAUGACUUCAAUAUUUCAGCUCUAUGCUACUAAAAUGAGACUAUUUUUCUCAUAACAUUCCCAGUUUGUCAUAAAAUCGCACUGUUUUUCUCGUUUGAAUACGCCUUUCUUCUCCAUGUUUUCUCUUAACAUUUCAAGUCUGGGAAGGUGGCACACCGGCUCCUUCCUGUAGGUGAAAGGGGCAACAACAACAAUUAAACGCCUUUGCAUGGUUACCAUUUCUCAGAUGGAUAUAUUGUAUUGUAUUCUAUUAUUGUAUCUAUAUAUUACACACCUUAUUACUAGACUGAAACAACACAAUUAGCUGAUUCAAGAACAUCUGCAACCUAAAAUGAAUGCUUUUAGACAGAAAUCAUAAUCUGAUAUGUAAAAAUGGACCUUUGCAUACUUUAAGAUGUCUGAGAAGAUGGUUGGUUGCUUGACAAACUGAUCUUUGCUGUUUUUUCCUGGCCUCUUGAAGUCGGAGGGAGCAGAUGCAGGAGUAGAAGGAUGGAGGAUGUAUCACUGCCCCAGCCUGAAAGAAAAUAAAUCAUUUUGAAACAGCUAGGAAAUAAAUAUUUGAAGUUAUUUGCGUAAUACAGAACUGUUUCUACUGACCACAGCUGUCAUCAGGUUGAGGUUCAGUUCCUGACAGCAACUCAUCGAUGUUCUGCUUUUGUGGGAGAGUCUUGCAGUCUGCAAUGACUUUUGCUUUGAAGACAGUUGACCACUUAGCCAGGAACCUCUGAGAAACUUCAUCAGCAAACAUCAUUGAGAAAUCCUGGUCAAUCUAUGAUCAAGACAUGAAUAUUUCAUAUCCUGCAGGCCUACAGGUUUACAAAUGGUUGACGUAAUGGGUAAUCCAAUACUGAACUAGUCCAAAUACUCAAGAUUUCCUUACCAAUCCAGGAACAUCAAGGAAGCGAGGGAACACAUUGAGGACAGACGAUGAUACAUCUUCCGCUUGGAUCAUAUUCUGUCGAUACUGGAAAGUUGCUCUCAUCUUCUUUGACCACGGAUUCAUCGGUUGAAUGUCUUAUUGUGGAUAACGUGUUGGAGAAAUGUAUAUAAAUGUUAUCAUAAAUUUGUCUUAAAGAAUGUAUUCCUUUGUUUAAACCACUAUAACAUCUGUGUGUGUGUGUCUGAGCAGUAAAGUUUUAUGGGGCUACGGAGAAGAAGAUGAAGGAACUCCUCUUGACCGCAUGAGCGCUCAGCUGAUUUUGUUCCUCCCUUAGUCAUGUUUACUUGUUAUCUUUUCUAUGCACUCAUCCACAGAGACUCUUUGUAGAUCAAGAAGAACAAACAGGAACUGAUAAACAACAUGUGCUUGGAAUGUUCUGGUGUAACUGUUGGAUUUAUGAUGUGCUUUCUUUUAUCCACCGGACCUUUUGAACCUCCUGUUUCUGAGCCUGCUGCAUGUUUACAGAUUCACACUCUUGAUUGUUUGUUUAUGUGAACACACCCCCACAUACACAGUUAGAUACAGAUUGUAUUGUCACGUUGCAGCUGUUGUGCUCCCCCUCCCCUUAGAGCUCCAACGUGCUCUGUGUAACUAGGGAAUCCCCAACAGAAUAAAAGGGAGGAGAACGCAGAGUUUACUCAGAACGGAUCGAGGUUGUAAACUGAGUACAUCUCUGUCUGUUCUCCUCGCGAGUAAAAGCAAUCUUGUUGUCUUCUUUCUUCUUUCUUAGUGUGUUUAGAAUGUUUUAGGUUGCUUGAACCUGACAUUAAUUUGGUCCUUCGAGCCGGAUACCAAGACACCUGAGGAUUCCAGCUGAGGAAACGACAACCAGAAAGACCGUG